UAUUCACUUUCUAUUUUGGUUUCUUGUGACUUGGUCACAAACAAUUUUCUUAGUAGGAACAAAACCAAUUUCACAAACAGUUUAAUAUUUUUUUAACUGGCAAUAACUAGACAAAGUGCGAAUUGAAAUUGAUUAGCAGAGUGAGGAAAGUCGCUGAUAAUUUGUUCAACAAAUGUGCAAAUAAAAGUUUUCGUUCCGAAUGAUAAAAAAGAGAACACCAAAAUAUGAAACUGGAAUACCUGACCAUACUGUCCAUCUGCCUGCGGAGCUUCGUCAUGGCAGGAGAGUCAUCCGAGGAGAUGUAUUCUGUCGAGAGUUCGUCUGAAGAGGAAAUGGAAAAUGAAGCUGUCCUUGAGGAAGAGCCGGACUUUGAUCUGCUAAUUUUCACUCAAAGAUGGCCAAUCACUUCGUGCUACGAAUGGCGAGAGCAAAGCGCUAGCCACAUUUGCGGUCUUCCAUCGCCGAAGAACAUUUGGACUAUUCAUGGAAUAUGGCCCACCAAGUUGAACACGAUAGGGCCAAGCUUUUGCGAUAAAUCUGCCACAUUCAACGUAACCGCUCUGCAAUCUAUCGAGCAACAGUUGGAACAGUUUUGGAUAAAUGUGGAGAAAAAUAAACCAUAUGAUUCGCUUUGGCGCCACGAAUGGUUGAAACAUGGAACUUGUGCCGCAGCGGUUCUUACUCAACUCAAUACGGAAAACAAGUACUUCGGACAGGGACUAUCUUGGCUUCAACAACACUCGAUGGCUGAUGUUCUCACCGAGGGAGGUAUAACGCCUGGAGGUAACUAUACAGUUAUUGGUAUCCACAAGGUUCUAAUAGAUCGGUUACAAAAGGAUGUUGCCAUCGAAUGCUAUCACGAUAGCGAAACAAAGCAACAAUUCUUGAACGAAAUAAGGGUUUGCUUCAGUAAGGAACUGGAGUUGACCGAUUGCGACGGGAUUCUGUUCAAAGACGUUGCAAUCGAUUACUCCGCGGGAAAAAUUAUCACAAACUGUUAUCUGAACAAAUCCGUUAUGUAUCCAGCGACGGUGCCUAUGUCGAGAUUCGACAAAACGCACAUGUCUCCGUUCGAUCUGCAUAAAAAAUUUUUAGACGAAUACAAUCGUAAAAAGUCGAAAGACAGCAAAACUAUGAAACUUCUAGUGAACAUUUACAAACUGAUUCAGCUUCUCAAGUGGACAACUAUCUAAAGCAAUCAGCGCGGAUAAGUUGUACACCACUGCCCAUGAUUGCAUAGUUGACAUAAGCGCCAAAAAUUAACAAAAUGUACCUUUUUUAUUGGCACGCAUUCUCUACAGUAUGAUACGUAUGCUCAGCGAACAACCUUUUUUAAACAUUGAACGAUUUCGGAAAAUGUCUUGGCGUAAGUAUCCAAACAUAAAACAAGCAUGUUAUAACCCCUGCAACAUAUUAAGCUGUUCCAUUGUUUUGAAAACAUGGGACAGGGCGAGUUCAUGAAGCUCGUCUUGCAAUAUUUAAAGCUUUAAACAAUUAGAAUCCGCAACCAUUGUCUUAUUUGUGACGAGAACCUUGGUUUUCGGUCCACAGCUGGAGAUUAUUUUCCAAAUCGAGAACUUCCUGUAAAUUUAUCAGCGAAAACGAACUUAAAAUUUCUGGGGUCAUCUCCUCUGGCAGUGGCCUUAUAGAAUUUCAGACCUGAGAGCUGUCCAAAAUUCAUCCUCGCACACAUUUCCUCAUCUAUCACCAUGCGUCCUUCUUACUUCGUUGUACAAAUUUCGAACGCGUCUUUUAGCCACCAGAUCUGUUUUGCCUCAUCGUCCUGUUGGGUAGAUCACAGGCAUGGGAUUUACGGUAACCCUCUCGCAUACGGAUUCUGCGGCAGAUCAAACCCUUCUGAUCCCACUAUACACAAAGCACUGUAUUCCGCCCAUAGCGAUUCAACCGAGCAAUCCUAUGUUGGUGGUUCCGCUGGAUUUACACCAAAAAAAAUUAUUGUUACGGAUUCUCGAAAUAAAUCCACUUUUCAUCGCCAGUCACAAUCCGAUGGCGAAAUGACUUGCUUUCGUACCUGGCAAGCAGCAUUUCACAUGCGAUUUUUCGGGUUUUCUGCUGUUCCGUUUUCAGCUCACGUGGAAUUCGUUUCCGUUCUUCUAAAUCUUUCCCAUGGUCUUGGAGAUGGCAUCCUGAAUCACAUUCAGUUGAUCAGCGAGUUUUUGUCAUGACGGAUCAAAAGUGCUUGCAAUCCCUCGAACUUUUUUCUGGAAUUUUUCACGCGUUGUCACGUCAAAAUUACCAAUUUAUAAAAUUACCAUUUUUAUAUUUUAAUGUGCUGAACCACUCAUUGCGAUUUUUCAAGAGCAUGUUUUUCCAAAUAUAGUUAUCAUGUACCCAACACUGAGCCUAUGUCGAACAUGAGUCGAGAGGUCAACUGUUGCGGUUUCCCCUUCGAUUUCGGACUGUUUCGUGCAUUACUCAAAUAAACAAUACUCCCCGCGCUCACACUCCUUCAGUAAAUAAAUAUAACAGCCUUAUUUUAAAUAUUUCCCUUAAGGGGGUAUUCUAGUGUAGAGACACGAAUUUCGAAUUUUCCAUAAUUGGAAGUAAAUGUUAAGUGCCAGUAGAAAUGUGUUGGAAGUUACUAUAAUUCAGAAAAAACACUCGUAACUUCCGAUAUUCGUUUCAAAAAAUACACGAACGUGUGCGGGUUUUUUUGUUAAAAUAAAUACAACAAUAUAACAACGAUUACCACCUGAAGGUUUCCUCUAUUGGUCCAUUUAUAUCCGAAUUGAUGAAUUGCAAUGCUUUCGAAGCUCCGAGAUCCGCACUUCUCAAAUGAUAGUCUAGUCUGCUUUCACAUCGGACAGAUUCGCCAAUCUUUUGUAGAUUUUCGCUGAUCUGGAUACCAUCGGCUAACUCGAUAGCGAGCUUCCUGAUGCUACCCGCGUUUAAGUAACUCAUAUGCGAUCAAGUAACAUUUUAUGCGAACGGCUGCAUGUUUCCAGUAGAUACACAUAUCAAGGCAGCAAUAGGUUUACGACAAGCCUUUUCCGAUUUGAAAUGAUUGUUGUUAUGGGUCCCAGUAGCCACUACCUUAUCGUUAUUAAUUUUCAAAAAGUUUAAUCGGUUUCUGGACUUCCGGAUUUUAUGCUCCGUAACACAAGUGCGCUGCUUAGAAAGCGCACUUGGAAUUCUGCCAGGAUGGCGUCUUAGGAAUCCAUUCACCCACUUGUAUCCAGGAACACUCCCCUUAAGUGAGUUCUCCCCUUUCACGGUUCGCAGAAAAUAUGCCACAGAUGUCUUCAAACGUUUCUUUUCAAUCGGAAACCCGACUCUGGAUGCCUCGAUUACCCAUAGGACGAUGCUUUCUUCCACUUCUUCCGAAAACUGAGUGUUUUCCAGGGCGUUUCACGUUACCAUUCAAUUUCAGUUGUGCACGGAGAGCUCUUUCCGGGAUUCUUUGAUAUUUUGGUGCUCAGCGUUUUGAAAUACCUUUUCUUGUCAUCUCCAUGGCGAAAACAAGCUGUUGACGGGAAUAACGCAUAUUUUUCUUUCCCUUCUUCAUCCUGCGCAGAGUAAGAAACAUAAACAAAACAUUGAGAGCUUAAUUCUGCGCAUUAAAAAAUCCUCUUUUUCUGAGGGUUUAUUUAUUUUAUUCACUUCAAAUAAGUCACAUUCAGAUAUAAAAAACUUAAAAUUUACUGAUUUCGGAUCUGCAAUACUUUUUUCGUUAAAUUGGGGAGAAGAAAGAAUUUGUUGCGUCUUAGCGUCGAUGCUUACAGGAAAAACAAUUCGACACUUUCAGUGAUGUCGGUUUUGUUUUUAAUAUUUGUUUUCUGUACAACUCAUUUUUUUUCGGUGAAUUAUCUGGUGAUUACAAAAUCCAAAGAAGAAUCAAACUAUUCAACAUUAUUAAUACGCACAAUCAAUAGUUAAAUGGUGUUGGAAACAGGGAAACUAAUCCCCUGGAUUUAUGGAAUUUUAAUUGUCGUUUCGCUAGGGCAGCCACUAUCUCAUCAUUAUCAAACGGCUCCAGAAUAGUCCGUCGAUACGAAGCAAAUGGUCUGCUUUUAAGUAGGGAUUUUGCUUGUUUUUUACCUUUUUCUUGUGCGUGGCGCCUGGUUGCCAACGCAUGGAAUGGUACUUUGCUGAUGAUUUCCGAAUCUAAACACUGAAUAUGGCCUAACUUUUUAACUUUAUUAAUCUAAAAGACUUGAACUGCUAACUAACUUGGUUGUUGAACGAAAUUUAACUGGUUAAGUGAACCAAAUGAACUUUGUAUUUGGACUAGUUGCUUGAACGAAUUGAACUGAGUUGUUAGGCAAGAAUCCCGAGUAUAUAUACGCGAAAUUCUUACCCAGCCUGAAUCUGUAAGAGUGAGAGAAAAGAUCUCCCCCUUCCCUACCCAGAUAACCGAGACCGUAUCGGUUAUCUGCUUGUUACAAAAUUUCACCCGCUUGUUUGUGCGGUGUCCAAUCCUAUCUGCCCCCAUGGGAAUUUUCCUAUUCCUGUUUCUUAUCUUCCACUACGCCGCGUAGGGUCCCAAACAAACGUAUGCAUCAUUUUUUCCAUACUAAUUUUGUGCGUCAUAUACUAUGCGCCGCUUAUCGCUUAAACACAUGCGUUUAGCGCCUAUUCUUUCUCUGCUCUUCGCGCUCAUGCGGUAAAGGGCUAGUACUAAGAAAACAAUUUUUAUCACCUCUCGGGUGGCCCAUACGGCGCUCUCGCCUUCGGUCUUCCGUAAUUGCAAUAAAAUACGCAAUAUUUAUUAUGCACAAUUCUUGCUUGUGUUGAGUCAUAAAACUCUGGCGCGCUUAUCUUCUGGAAAGAUGGAAAGAUGAAACAAAUAGUUCCCUUUUGCUGACAAUGAUUACAUUUGUUAUGCAAGUACAUCUGUAGCGCCUCAUAUUUAUUAUGCGCUUGUAUGUGCUUCACAAAUAUAUUAUUAUUUUAUUGUGGGCCCUGCUAUCUAAGCUGAGUCCGUAACAGGUGUAUUUAAACUAAAAAAAAACAAAAGUCCGCUGAGUUAGAUUGAGUUAUAGUAUGGCUCUAAACCUGUAAACUGAGGCGGAUUUGGGAAAAAUUCUGUCAAGUCAUUGAAUAACUAGAGUGUCCAAAGUAGCCCCAUUCGACGAUAUGCCAUUCUGUAUUAACAUUGGUUGUUUCGGCUGGAUGACGUCCCCAUUGAGCUUCUUUUGAAUUCAUAGGAGCCAACAUAUCGUGUUCCCCACUGACACUCUCAGUUUGUCCCCUAAGGCGUGUUCCCCACUGACAGUUCCGAUUAAAAAUUCUUUCUAACGACAUGACAUUUACAUAUUUCAAAUUUCUCAUCUUAGCAUACGGCAUAGGAGUCUCCCGUGUUUCUCAACACAAUUAGUUUAAAAAUCUUUUUGAAGCUCUGCUGAAGUAAUCCAAUAAUCACGCUUAUCCAUCAACAUUGAAAUUUUUCCAAUUAAAAAACAAACCAUAAAGCCAGAUGCUUACGCCAAGCUAUCCGAAAAAACUAAACGGGGUUAACAUGUGAGAACUCACAAAUUGUAUUUUAAUUUUAAUCAACCAGACAGAUUAUUUCAUUGGAAGUAUUAAUAAAUAUUUUAUAGGAAUAAAAAGCAACAAACAUUCGUUUCACAUCAGCGAUGGCGAUAACGUCAACUAUGCAAUCAUGAGUGUAUCGAAUAUAAUUUUUUAACCUGCCGAGUAUUUUUUUUCUUUUACAAUAUAUUGAUUUUUUUUACACUAGGCUUUGAAAUUUUUGAACCAAUUCCAUCCACCCAGAAAAUAGUUAUUAUGUUUUGUUAAAAAAAAACAUUAACAUUUCCGUUUUUUUCCUAUUGAUAAACGUGAAUGAUUUUCUUGCACAAUCGAUCAAUAAUCGAAUCCCAAACCAGGCCGUCGAUUGAAAACAUUACCUUUGUAAAUAUUCAAAAGUUCAAUUUGCAAUGAGAUUGAUAUUAACAUCACAAAACUACAUCACAGAACUUAAAUAAUUUAGGUAAGCCCAACAAAAUAGAUACUAACAUCACAAAAGAAAACAAACAUCACAUAUAUUAAGUAAUAGUUAGGACGUGACGGAAACACAAUAAUGUGUGUGUUCAUCCGGAGAUCGGCAUGGGAUGCUUUCUUUUAGCGGGUUAGGCAGUCAGUAUACAUCACAAUUUAAUUUUUGACGAAAUAAAUAUUCGAAAAAACACCA